CAAACCAAUCAAUCAAAUCAAUCAAUCUAUUACCCAAACCACUCACAUAAACCCCAUAUCUCAAUCAAAAUGGGCCUCUGCUUCUCUCUCCUCGGUGGUGGACGCCGCCGUCGGCCCAUGAUGGGCGGAAUGGGCGGAAUGGGUGGAAUGGGCGGCGGUGGAAUGGGUAUGGGCCCAGGCUCGCGCUACUCAUCAGGCGGAGGAAUGCCCAUGAACUCAAUGGGCGGUGGACGGAUGCACCAUGGAGGAUUCGGUGGUGGUGGUGGAGGUGGCGGAUUUGGGAUGGGAGGAGGAAGAAUGGGGGGUAUGGGUGGUAUGGGAGGUAUGGGGGGAGGAGGAGGAGGGAUGGGUGGAAUGGGAGGAAUGGGGAGAAUGGGAGGGGGUAUGGGAGGGGGGCGGAGAAGGUGGUAAUCUUGAAGAAUCAAGAAUUGGAUAUAUUCGACCCACGGAUAUUGAUACCACCUCAUAUGUCCAUCGAGGUUUCACUCCAAUAUCAUAUACUCAAUUAUGCGAUAAAGGGAAGAAUGAUUGACUCGACUCGAUUCGAUAUUGUCUGAUACAUAGAGAUCUCUACGAAAUACAUGGCAAUCAUUGAAUAUAACAGUGAAGGCACAUAUAGUAAUA